AGCCUGGCAGCAGCAGCAGCAGCAAAAGGGAAAGAAGGCGUCUAAUCUGCAGCGAAGGGAACCGAGUGUUUCUGGUUCCUGAAGGGAGAGAAGGACGCCUUCGGAAUAAUAUUAGCUCCCGAAGCGCCUGAGGGUUGUACUAAUUUGGUAGUGCACACAGGACCUCUUUGUAUAUUGGAGAUAAAGAAAUUACCACUGCCUCCUGUUCCAUGAUGCAAAAGAAAUAUUUCAAGGGGAGUUCCUACAAACCAGAGUCUGUAGCACUUACUGCUGUGGCAUUACAAGAUCAUAUUUUACAUGAUCUUCAACUGCAAAAUCUUUCAUUAGCAGAUCCUUUAAAAUCAAAGACAUGGAGUAAGAUAAAUAAAUACAGACCUGUGAACAAAGAGAAAAUCAGAGCAGUUAUAGAUACUGGAUUAAAAAAAACCAACAAACAGCCAAACAACCAGAAUAACCCACAAAACGAAGAUCCAGAAAAAGAAUAUGUUCUUGAUCCAAGUCCUCAACCUCUAACUUUAGCUCAGAAAUUUGGAUUGGUGGAGCUUCCUGCCAUGCCACUAACUCUAGACGAUUGGGAAUAUGUGAAGCAACGAUCCAUAAAGCAAGGAGAUUCUGUUCAACCCUGUGCUAUAUGCAAAGAAGAAUUUGCCCUUCAGCCACAGGUAUUGCUCUCUUGUUCUCAUGUAUUUCACAGAGCAUGCCUGAAAGCUUUCGAAAGAUUUGCAGCUAAAAAGAGCUGUCCAAUGUGUAGAAAGACCCAGUAUCAAACACGAGUAAUUCACGAUGGAGCCCGCCUUUUUAAAACAAAAUGUGCUACGAGAAUUCAAGCUUUUUGGAGGGGACAUAUUGUUAGAAAGUGGUAUAAAAAUCUGAAAAAAACAGUACCACCCCAAGAUGUGAGAUUAAGAAAAAAAUUCUUCGAAGAAAAGUUAACUGAGAUUUGCCAGCGAUUACUGAAAUCCUAUGAUACUUGUAUUGACGAAUUCUUCUGUGAGAUAGAUUCUACUGUAGCUGCAAGUCACAAAGUAUUUCAGCAACUGGAGGAAAAGUUGGGCCCAGAGAUACAUGAAGUUGAAUGGGAAAAAAUUCAGAUUCAGGCUUUCCGACAAGAUAUUGCCGAUUGUCCUAUUUGCAUUAUGCCGCUCAUGCAGCCAGCUCAACUUCAGGAUGGACUUUCCCUGGAUGGCUAUCAGUCAUGUCCCCGUCAGACAGCACUGCUCUCCUGUUCUCACAUGUUCCAUAGUACCUGUCUUCAAGCAUUUGAAGAGUUUUCUUUACGAGAAAGACCUAUCUGUCCUUUAUGCCGUUCCUGUUAUCAGAAGAAAAUUCUCAGCUAACAUUUAACGAUUUAACAUAAAAUUAUGAAUAUAUUUGUAAGCGACCUUAGUAGAAAUAAUUUAUCUAAAGUUUUUUAAUUGCAUUUCA